AUGCGCUUCUUUGCUCCCGUUCUACUCGCCGCUACGGUCGCCGAUGCCCACUAUACCUUCUCGGCCCUGAUCGAGGGCGGCCAGUCCUCGGGCGACUGGGUGGCCGUCCGCAAGACAGUCAACUGGCAGAACAACGGCCCUGUCACAGACGUGACGUCCAACGACAUCCGCUGCUACGAGCUCAGCCCGGGAACGGGGGCGGCUGAGACGAUCAACGUCACGGCGGGCGGCACCAUUGCCUUCCAGGCCAACCCCGACAUCUACCACCCGGGCCCGCUGGCGUUCUACAUGGCCAAGGCGCCCAGUGGACAGACGGCGGCGUCGUUUGACGGUGCGGGUGCGGUGUGGUUCAAGAUUUACGAGGAGCAGCCCAGCUUUGGCGGGCAGACGCUGACGUGGUCGAGCAACGGGCUCAAGACGCCGUCGGUGACGAUUCCCAAGUGUCUGCCGGACGGCGACUACCUGCUGCGCAUCGAGCACAUUGGCCUGCACGUGGCGCAGAGCGCGGGUGGCGCGCAGUUUUACAUCUCGUGCGGGCAGAUUUCGGUGUCGGGCGGCGGCAGCGGAUCGCCAAAGGACCUGGUGGCGUUCCCGGGCGCGUACAAGGCGACGGACCCUGGCAUCCUGAUCAACAUCAACUACCCGGUGCCGACAUCGUACACGAACCCCGGCCCGGCGGUGUUCACUUGUUAA